AUGCUCUUCCCCGGGGAGAGCUCCUGCAACCUCACGGCCGGAAACUGCACCCGAGGCUUCGACUUCCCGCAGCCGCUGGACCCCGGGGCCCCCGCGGGGAACCUCAGCGGGAGGAGGAACGCCACGGACCCGUUCGGACGGAACGAGGAGGUGGCCAAGAUCGAGAUCACCGUCCUGAUCCUGUCGUUCAUCGCCGCGGUGGUGGGGAACCUGAGCGUCCUGCUGGCCAUGCACCGGACCCGGAGGAAGCCGUCGCGCAUGCACCUGUUCAUGAAGCACCUGAGCCUGGCGGACCUGGUGGUCGCCUUCUUCCAGGUGCUGCCGCAGCUCUGCUGGGAGAUCACCUACCGCUUCUACGGCCCCGACUUCCUGUGCCGCAUCGUGAAGCACCUGCAGGUGCUGGGCAUGUUCGCCUCCACCUACAUGAUGGUGAUGAUGACCCUGGACCGCUACAUCGCCAUCUGCCACCCGCUGCAGACGCUGCAGAAGCCCACGCAGCGCGCCUACCUGAUGAUCGGCUCCACCUGGGCGCUCAGCCUGGUGCUCAGCAGCCCGCAGUACUUCGUGUUCUCCCUGAGCGAGGUGCGCCCCGGCUCGGCCGUGUACGACUGCUGGGGUCACUUCAUCCAGCCGUGGGGCGCGCGCGCCUACAUCACCUGGUUCACCGCCGGGAUCUUCCUCGUGCCGGUGCUCGUGCUCGUGCUCUGCUACGGGUUCAUCUGCCGCGCGAUCUGGCAGAACCUGAGGUUCAAGACCCGGAGGAAGAGCGUGGGCGCGGUGGCGGAGUCCACGAAGAACGGGAUCCUGGGCCCGAGCUCCGUCAGCAGCGUCAGCACCAUCUCCCGUGCCAAAUUACGCACGGUGAAGAUGACUUUCGUGAUCGUGGUGGCGUACGUGGUGUGUUGGGCGCCUUUCUUCACCGUGCAGAUGUGGUCCGUGUGGGAUGAGACCUUCUCCUGGGACGACUCUGAGAACACCAUCGUGACGCUGUCCGCCCUGCUGGCCAGCCUCAACAGCUGCUGCAACCCCUGGAUCUACAUGAUCUUCAGCGGACCCCUCCUCUCGGACUUCGCCGGCAGCCUGCCGUGCUGCCGCCGGCUCAGGAACAAGUUCAGCCACCAGGACUCGGACAGCAGCAGCCGGAGGACCACGCUGCUGUCCCGCCUUUCAGAAUCAGCUCAACCUGUCAGAAACCAUCAUGUGUCAAACAAUCCAAAUAAACGUCUUUAAAAGUCGGAGAGCUUCUACCUUCACUGCAACAAGACAAGAAACUGGAUCCAGAGAACUUUUCAUUAUAAAAGAACAUUAAUCUCUUCAUGCAGAUUAAUCACCUUUUCACCUCCGUCACCGUCUCCACCAUGUUUUCACUUUCCUGAAGUCACAUCUCACUCAGCUGCACGUUAACAUCAGUCACUUUGGCCAUUAGAUAGAAAAGAUCAAUUAAUUAAUCAAUAUACAGGAUGUUAAUGAGAAUUUAAACUGCACUUUUCUUUAAAUAUAUAAACAAUAUUAGGUGGUGAAUAUACAUGUUUGAGUUUAUGUGUUUAUAAUAGCUCAGCUUUAUUCUUUGUGUCGUUGUUGUAAAGUUGUUUUUUUUAGUAACGUAACAUUUUCUGUGCCACUGUAAAAUCUUCUAAUAUUACACAUAUAUAUAUAUACACUGCACAUGUAAAUAAAAGUUAUUCCUUCGUAUCUCCCUACGACUGUUUUCUGCUCAGCAUGUUCAGAAACACGUGACCUAAUGUUUUUCUGGUACUGUCAACCUCUGCAUUAUUCUAACUUCCCCUCUAGCGCCAC